UGGAAUCAGCGAGUUUUAGUUUGAGUGAAGAUUUCGGAGUGGAACGUUGUUGUGUGGCCAUUGGAGUAAAAACUCCAUUAUGUCAAAGGAAAAUUGAUAGUUUUGUUAGUAAAAAGUGGGAAAAACUGAAUAAAUCACACAUAUUUGUCGAUUAACCCAAUUCCGAAUUGUUUUUCUACUUCAAAAUUGUGAUUUUUCGAGUGAAAAUUUAUACAAUUUCGAGUUAAAAUCGCGAAAGUGAAUUUUUUGUACAUUCGACGACCAGAGUUAAAUGUGUGUGAAUCUGUGACUCUGAUGAGAUAAUCGACAACGGACUUUAGAGUUAUUCAUUAAAUUCCAUAGAGAGAUUGAAAAGAAAACACUUAAUUUGACAAAGUUAAACACCAUUAUUCAAAAAAAAAGCUGGAAAAUUAUGCAAUGAUUACACUCUUGGUCAGAUAUUGGAAUAUAUGUAUGCAUAAACACCUUUGAAUUUUCAUGUUAAAUUUAUACGUGGAAUUUGCAGACGGCAUAAAUUUAAGGAUACAACAAUCUGACAAAGUAAAUUUUGCGAGUUGGCUCUUUGCUCGAGAUCUUCACGAAAAACGAAAGACUCGAAUAGGCGAUAAAACAUGGGAUCCAUCAAAACAUCUAUUCCAAGUGCCUCAUUCACUCACUACAUCCUGCUUUUAGUCACUGUGGCUUUGUUGACGGUUCAUUGUCAGGAAGCUGGUACAGAAUUUGCACCUCACGUCACAGCAACAUGCAAAGCCGGCACCAUGAACAUCAGAGUCCAGUUCACCGGUCCUUACACAGGUGCUGUCCAUGCGCGAGAUUAUCGAAAUACCCAUUGCAUGGUGUUCGGCAAUGGGAGUAACAUUGCCACAAUGAGCCUCAAUCUCCUGGCCAGGCAGGGUCAGAAUGACUACUGUGGCAUCCUUGUCAGCAACAAAACGGAAGAGAGAUCAGUCCAAGUGGCAGUAAGACUUCAUCGAACGUUGGAGCUGGCUGAGGAUCGAUUCUUUAUUAUAACAUGUGGCAAAACUGGAUUUGCAAGGGACGACAACACCCAUGUGGCCCUCAAGUUUAUGGACAGCAGCGAAAGACGCGUGAGGGAAACCGUUUACGGGCGGGAGUAUACAAUAAAGGCCGAACUCACGCAGCCAAAUACCACGCGAGAUAUUCGCGUGAGGAAUUGCUUUGCCUUCAGCAAACGUAACACCACAAUCCCACUAAUAGACGACCGUGGUUGUCCGUUGGAUAACAAUAUUAUCACGCGCUUCCGCACCAACAGCGAUGGCACGUCAGCAACUGCUGUCCUCAAGUCCAUGUUCAAGUUCCCGGAGGGCUCAGAGGUACACCUUCAGUGUGACGUUGUUGCCUGUCGUGCGGGAUCUACCUGCCCAGCAGAAGCUUCCUGUACGGGAGAUGCAGCAGCAUACACCAAGAGUGGUCGAGCUCUUGGACAAACUGAUGAUGGAGUCAUGCUCGCAGCAACCACAGUUUUUGUGCUGGAUCCUGCUGAUGCACCACUGGUGUCCCCAAUUUGCGAAGAGGGAGGUGUUCGACCGGCUUGGUUGCUGUGGCUGACGAUAGCUCUCGGUGUUCUGUUCCUCAUAAUGCUCCUCAUGAACAUAUUCCUGUGCACAGCAAUGAGUUGUAGUUGUGCAAGAACUGAGAUAAUUGAGAAGGAGCCGUCCAUAAUUGAAGAAUACGAUCCAUACAGAAGUUGGCACGGAAGUCAGUAUGGUUCAAGAUAUUCCCUCCAUGGUCGUGAUGUUGGACACAACAAGGGAUACACGAGUGGUGGAUCCACAAUCCAUUCCAAUAGGUCUGAUCGAUAUUAAAGACAAAAAAAAAAGAAGAAGAAACAUAAAUGAAUCCUCUUUCUCCCUCUUAAAUGGCUCAUUGGUGCAUGAAAUCCAUUUGGUUGAAGAGAAAAAUCUGCUAAAAUCAUCUCUAUAAAUUCACUAACAGAAUUUUAUCAAUAAGUAAUUAUUGCUCUAUAAAAAAUAUUUCAUGUGGAUCAGUUUUUUCAAGAAUUUUCCAAUUUCCUACUCGUUUUAAAAUUAUUAAAACAUGAGGAAAUUGCUGAAAAAAUAGUCAUUUAAAUUUCAUGUGAGUUAAUUUCCGAUUUCUUCUGUCGAAUAUUUUUUAUAGGGCAGUUUUUGUGCAAAUAUUACAGAAACGAAACAACUAAUUCCGCACAAUUCUUUUAUAAAGUCGAUUCCUUCAGUUAACAAAUUGCGUGUAAUAAUUUAUUCCUUUUGCGUGUGUGUAUCUCUGUACCAAAAUUAAUUGCAUGAAUGAGACACCUGUAAAAGAGGCAUUAACAGAAGUUUAAUAUCCUUGUUGAAGGUCGUUACCAAUUGACUCCGAUCACUAUGCUAUUGUGCACUCUCGACCCGGAUCUCGACACUCCGGUGCACCAGGUCAUCGUUCACGGGGACCCCCAAGUAACUUAUAAGUCACUCCACAUCCUUCAAUCUCUCUUGAGCCACUCACCACGCAAUAUAUAAUAUCCCAGUGUCCAUAUUAGUAAGAAUAAUUAAAAAAGAAGAAGCACUUCUCUUUCAUCUUUCAGUCUUCAAUGUAAAACACUUUCAUUUGCUCUUUGCUCUUUGUCUCUGUCCACGAUAUGUGCUUGUUUGUUCCAUAAAUAAUAAAAUAAAACCACCUAAAAUAUCAAGUCGUAUGAAUUUGUAAAUAUACUGAAUAAAUAUGCAAUUAAUGUAAAUCAAUAAAUUAAUGGAAUAAUUGUUCACCAUAUCAUGCUUCCCUGCAAACAUUGCACUACAGAAUUUGCUUGUGAUUUUUUUUUGAGUAUUUAAACUCUGCAAAUUUUGAUAUCCACAAUAUCCCAGUGAAUACCUGUAAUCCAUAAAGGAUAUUCCUCAAGCACUAUCAGCACACUAAAAAAAAUAAAUAGCAAUUUUUCCUUUCUUUCUAAAACACCCCUUUAUCCAUUUGUAAAGUUAAUUUCUAAUGACAAUAAAGAGAAUGUGUAAAAACAAGAAUAUGAAGAUAAGAGAUGAAAAUACAAAGAAAAUCAAUAGUGUAAAAAAUUAAGGUCUAAUAAAAAGAAAAUUAGUAAUA